AUGACUAUCGCCUCACCAUUACCUCUCUCUGAUACAGAAAUCAAGGCAUUGCAGACUCGCUUUGAUAAUGCUGGUCAAGGCCACGUAUUCAAGUUCUUUAACCAGAUCUCUGAACAGGAACAGGUUGAAUUUCUGAAUCAAAUAGUCAACAUUGAUGUCGAGAAUUUGAACGCCAUCUACGACAAAGCCAUUGAAGGUGCUGCUGCUGCUGCUUCCAGCAAUGAUCAAAAUGAAUUGCAACCUUUGUCCCAAGAGGUGUUUGAUUCCGUGUUAAAGCAAGAUCCAUCUACAUUGAAGGAAUGGGAAUUGACUGGUCUCGAGAAAAUUGCCCAAGGUAAAGUCGCAGUCAUCUUGAUGGCUGGUGGUCAAGGUACACGUCUCGGUUCUUCUGAUCCCAAGGGUUGCUAUAAUAUCAACUUGCCCUCUGGCAAAUCGCUCUUCCAACUCCAAGCUGAACGUAUUUUAAAGGUGCAAGAGCUGGCUCAACAAUACCGCAGAGAGCAGGAUCCUGUAGAGACCAUCAUUCCUUGGUACAUCAUGACAUCGGGUCCCACCAACAAGCCUACCUAUGAAUUCUUUAAAAAGAACAACUUUUUUGGCCUCAAGGAGCAAAAUGUCAUCUUUUUUGAGCAGGGCGUACUUCCCUGUUUGACCAUGGACGGAAAAAUCAUCCUGGAAUCCAAGGGCAAGGUCGCUGUUGCACCUGAUGGUAAUGGUGGUAUUUAUAAGGCUGUUCAAGACAAGGGCGUUAUCCAAUCACUCAAGGAACGCGGCAUCGAGUACUCUCACUGCUACUGUGUCGACAAUUGCUUGGCCCGUGUUGCUGAUCCCGUCUUUAUCGGUUAUUGUAUUUCAAAGGGUACGGAUUGUGGUGUCAAGGUCGUUGGUAAAGCUGCACCAGAGGAGCCUGUCGGUGUUGUCUGUGUCCGUAAUGGUAAAUAUGGAGUUGUUGAGUAUUCUGAAAUCUCUGAUGAAACCGCCCACGAACGUCAUGCUGAUGGCUCACUCAAAUACGGUGCCGCCAACAUUGCCAACCAUUUCUUCUCUACCGCCUUCUUGGAACGCGUCCCAUCCUUCCAAGCUGAAUUAGAAUACCACAUUGCAAAGAAGAAGAUCAAGUACAUUGAUCUUGAAACUGAUGAACAGAUCUCCCCCAAAUCAAACUCUGGUAUGAAACUUGAAUGUUUCGUGUUUGAUGUCUUUCCUUAUGCUCAAAAUAUGUCUGUGCUCGAGGUGGAUCGUAUUGAAGAGUUUUCUCCUUUAAAGAAUGCUCCUGGUACUGGCGCUGAUUGCCCUGAAACUUCUCGUCGUGAUAUCGUUUCUCAACAUGUGCGUUUCAUUGAAAAUGCUGGUGGAAAGGUCGUUGGUUUAAAUGAACAUGAUUGUGAGAAACUCUUGUUUGAAAUCUCUCCUUGCGUCUCUUACUCUGGUGAAGGUCUGGAACACAUUGUUCGUGGAAAGACUGUGAGAGCUCCUGCUACCAUUGAAUCAUUGGAAGACUUGAUCCGUGCUACUUGUUAA